AUGGCGGCGUUGCGCUGCGUUCUCGCUUCGGUUCUCGUGGCGGCGGUGGCUAUGGCGGCGGACGCGCUCGGGGUGAACUGGGGCACGAUGUCGACGCGCCGGCUGCCGCCCAAGGUGGUGGCGCGGCUGCUCGCGGACAACGGGUUCCGGAAGGUCAAGAUCUUCGACGCCGACGAGCGGACCAUGGCGGGGCUCGCCGGGACGGGCAUCGAGACGAUGGUCGCCGUGCCCAACGACCUGCUCGCCGCCGUCGCCGACUACGGCCGCGCCAGGGAGUGGGUGAAGGAGAACGUCACCAAGUACACCUUCGACGGCGGCGUCAACAUCAAGUUCGUGGCGGUGGGGAACGAACCGUUCCUCCGGGCGUACAACGGCUUGUUCGACCGCGUCACCGUGCCGGCGCUGAGGAACAUCCAGCGUGCGCUCGACGAGGCCGGGCACGGCACCAAGGUCAAGGCGACGGUCCCCGUGAACGCGGACGUGUACGACUCGCCGCCGGGCGACCCGGUGCCGUCGGCGGGGAGGUUCCGCGCCGACGUGGCCGGGGUCAUGGCCGAGAUGGUGCGCUUCCUCAACCGGAGCGGCGCGCCGCUGACGGUAAACAUCUACCCGUUCCUCAGCCUGUACGGGAACGACGACUUCCCGCUCGACUACGCCUUCUUCGACGGCGCCAGCAAGGCGAAGCCGGUGGUGGACGGCCGGGUUACCUACACCAACGUGUUCGACGCCAACUUCGACACGCUGGUGUCGGCGCUGAAGAGGGUCGGGCUCGGCCACCUGCCAGUCAUGAUCGGCGAGGUCGGCUGGCCGACAGACGGCGACAAGCAUGCCACGCCGGCGCUGGCGAAGCGGUUCUACGCGGGGCUGCUCCGGCGCCUCGCGGCGAGGAAGGGCACGCCGCUGCGCCCCGGCGCGCGCAUCGAGGUCUACCUGUUCGGGCUCAUCGACGAGGACGCCAAGAGCGUGGCGCCGGGAAACUUCGAGCGCCACUGGGGCCUCUUCACCUUCGACGGCCGGCCCAAGUUCCCCCUCGCCCUCCGCGGCGGGCGCCCCACGAUGCCCGUCCCGGCCAGGGGCGUCGAGUACCUGCCCCGUCGGUGGUGCGUGCUGAACCCAGACGCCGGCGACGACGCCGCGGGGCGGGUCGCGGACAACGUCGGCUACGCUUGCGGCCGCGCCGACUGCACGGCGCUGGGGUACAGGUGCAGCUGCGGCGGCGCGCUGGACGCGCGCGGGAACGCGUCGUACGCGUUCAACGCCUACUACCAGGCGCAGGGGCAGGCCGAUUCGGCGUGCGACUUCCAGGGGCUCGCCGUCGUCGUCGACGAGGAUGCGUCGCGGGGCAAGUGCAACUUCAGCGUGCAGGUCGUCGGGUCGGAGGCUCCGGCGGCCACAGUGGUGGCGGCGGCGGCGGCUGUGGGUACGGCGGCUCUGCUUCUCGUGUUGCUUUGA